AUGAUAGAAAUGGCUGAACAAAAAUGUUUGCCAAAAGAAGACACCCGUGUGGCGAAAGAGCUCGUGUAUACACCAUAUGAGAAACAAAGGGAGGCAUGGGUCGCCAUGGUACAAAAUAUGAUGCAAGCAAACACUAAUGAUGAACUAACAAGCAUUCUACAAAGAAUGUGUGAGGCUAAAGAAAUCCCCAUUAAAUGGAACAAAAUAAAUAGGCCCAAAUUUUUGAAUUUUUUGAGACACUUAAUGGAUUAUCAAGGCAACCCAACAAAAGAUGAACAGUUAUGGAACCUGGUAUCUAAAGAUCAGAAAGAAAAAAAGAAAAGUAAAACUAAAGAUGUGAAAAACAACCUCAAAACAGAAAGUAGAGUUGCAGAAAAAGAUGAAGAACUGGCAAUUCAAGGACUUGCUGCUGCUCUGCCUGCCAAGAAAAAAGCGGAAAAGAGUCAAAACAGCAAAGAAGAAAAUAAAAAAGUAUGGGCAGUUGCAAUUCAAAAUCUAAUUCAAACAAAUACCAAUGAAGAAUUAAUGAAUUCCCUAAGGAGGAUAAGCACUGCAUCUAAUAUUCUUCAUGUUAAGAAGUGGCAGGAAAUUAAAAAAAACAAAUUUUCUAAUUUUUUGAACAACAUCCCUGGUUAUCAAGUGGAUUCUGUAAUUGAUGAAAAAUUACGUGUCCUGAUUUCAAAAGCCAUGGAAGAUCAACACAUUAAACAGAAAAAUGAAAAAAAAAUUUUUAAAGGAAUUACACCUAAACCAUUCCAGAAAGAAAAAAAUGCUGAGUGGUUAAGUUUUGUAACAAAUUUGAUAGACAAACAUAACCAAAAAUUAGUAAGCGAUGCAGGUGAAAAGAUAACUGCGCGUGAAAAUAUUCCAAAGACAUGGAAUGGAAUAAAAAAAACUGAUUUCAAGAAUUUUUUGCAAAACAACCUUGGUUAUGAAGUGAACUCUGCAAUAGCUGAAAAUUUGUGGGAUCUCAUUGCAAAAGCAUUGCAAGAGAAAAGGGUAAUUAAAGCGAAAAAUGGCGUCAUUCAAAAAACGACUGAAAAAACAAAAGGAAAAAAGCGGAAAAGUGAUAUUGACAAUAUUAAACCUGCUAUCAAUGGCGGUAGCGCAAAAAGAAUUAAGAAAACUGUGGAAUUAAAGACUCCUAAAAACGAAUCGUGCAAUCCAUUAAGCGAUAUCAUUACCGUUUCCCAAACUGAAGAGCCGUGCUGCAAAGUCAAAUGGAUUUCGAUUGGAAAAAUGUUAUUGCGUGCUGCGGACAAUAAGGAGUUGCCAUUAAAAAAGUUUCGGAAAAAAAUCAUAGCUGAAUACUUAAAUCGGGCGGGAACGGCCGUUUCCGACAAAUCCUCCUGUUCGGAGACCUUGUGGUCAAAAUGCCAAAGUAAACUAGCUAAAAACCCCAAGUUCCAGAUUGACCCGAAAAGAAUUAGGCUUGUUGUAUAAUGUUAUGUGGGCUAUGUAAAAUCAAAAUAUCGAUAAAACGAGCCAUUGAAUUUUCAACUGUAUGCUUUUGGCUUCACUUUAGUGUGCUCAAUCAAACUUCUAGAUGGACGAAAAACAAACUAAUGGCUCAAACAAUCCUAAAUUCCUGCGUUGAUCGGGUUAAUUUGGGAUGUCGGGUUGGGUCGGCAAGUUUAGGGUCUGCCUUUCUUUUGCUUAUACAUAACCCGAUUACAAACAAUCAACUAUUUAUAUUAGGGUAUAAUCGAUGUAUUUUUAUCGAUUAUUAUCGAUACAAUAUAUGCUGUUGUACUACCCCAACGAAAGGAUUCACUCAACGACGGUGGUGUUUAAGGGCUCUCCCUAAGAGAUCCCAUCAGCUGGCCUAAGAGUGCUACCACUGAGCGAAGGUCAGCCUUGGCACCGAUAUCCAACAAGUCAAGUCGGUAGGCUGCCAGGUCUUCCGGGUUCCAUUAUGCACAAAGGAAUAAAUUUCUCCCUGAUGAAACCUUUUCGGCGCAAGGCGAGACGAGCUGCUUGAUCACAUGAAAUCAGGGAGAUGCAGAGUGUCUGAAUUUUUACUUCAGACCCAAUCAGAGUGCCCAGUGGUGGUGCACUCCCCAAUUACAGGCAAUCUAUUGUUUACCUGAGUGCAAACGAUCAUUUCGCUGACCAAGCAAGAAUCGAUCCAUCGAUAGGUUUUCUUUUAAAUGUACCGCUUAAUCUGCCGUCCUUUAAAAUUUCGGUGCAACUCGUAAGAAGACCCCAAAAAGUGAGCCUUGUACCGCAAGAGAAAUAUUUUCUCCGAACAGCCCCAAUUUGUCUUUUUUCGGGACGGGGCCAGGAACUCGAUUACAACCAAUUGGGUCCUAUCACUAGCUACUAACAUCAGAUUGUUUUACAAUUUCAUCUUCUUCAAAGGUGGCAGCACUGGUCUUUGGCGUUUUGGCACUCAAGAUCGUCUGCGAGUCGCUCGAAAAGAAUAAAACACGUGCGUUUAACAAGCGAAGACGGUUCGAUUAUAACAAAAUUACUUUUAAAGUUUCAGUUUGUGAAUUUUUGUGAUUGAAAUUAGAGUUGAAGAAUUCAAGGAUGGUAGAAGUGGUCAAACGAGAAUGUUUGCCAAAAGAAGACCUUCGUUACCCGAAAAAACUCGUGUAUAAACCUGGAGAGGAAAAAAAGCAGGCGUGGGUGGCUACGGUACAAAAUGUAAUGCAAGCAAGCACCAAUAAAGAAGUAAGAAACGUUCUACAGAAAAUCAGUGAGGCUGAAGAAAUCCCCUUACAAUGGAACAAAUACACAAAGGAAAAUUUCUCGAAUUUUUUGAAACAUGUUCUGGUGGAUUAUCAAAGUAACCCAGAAACAGAUGAACAGUUAUGGAGCCUGAUGAUAAAAAUUAGGCCAAAAAGAAAAAAAAAGAAAUGUAAAAAAAAAAAUGGAAGAAAAUAUUUAAUACCUUCAUCUGUAAAAUACGAAAAAACAUUUUAUACAUGGAAGGCGUUGAACAAGGCCUUUAAAAAUAUAUUGAAAUCAAAUAUCAGUAGAGAAUUAAAGAAGUCCAUCAUAUUAAUAAGGCAUUCACCUAAAGUUCUUCAAGUAAAGAAACAUCAUGCAAUCAGCAAAAUCCGAUUCGCUCGCUUUUUGAAGAAAGUCCGUGGUUAUCAAAUGAAUUCUGUAAUUGAUGAAAAAUUGCGAAUCCUGAUUUCAGACGCGCUGGAAGAUUUGAAUGUUGAACAGGAGAAUGAAAAAUUCUUGGCUAAAGCGGUGCUACCAAAACCGGCCCCGAAGAGACUAAAGACUAAAUGGAAAAGUUUUCUAACAAAUCUCAUAGACAUAGCCAAUGGAAAAUUAGUAAGUGAUGCAGAAGAAAAAACUACGAAUGAAAACUUUCUAAGUAUAUGGGUUGGAAGAAAAAAAAUUUAAUUUCAAGAAUUUUUUGGACAAAAAGCUUGGUUAUAAGGUGAACUCUGAAAUAGUAAAUAACUUGUGGGACCUCGUUGAAAAAUCCUUGCAAGAUAAACAGGUUAAAACAACAAAAGAGAAGGAAAUUGCCACCGAAAAAGCAAAACAAGAAAUGCGAAAUGACAGCCCUAAACCAGCCGUUAAUGCCGGCGAUACAAAAAAAGUUAAGAAAAAUUGUGAUUUAAAGACGCGCAAAGAUAUUCAAAAGAAAAAGGCAGUCAAAGUGAAAAAGGUACCUAUAAAAAAAACGGCCGAAAAAACAAAAGAAAAAAAACAAAAAGGAGAUACUGAUAACAUAGAACCUAUCAUCAAUAUCGAAAGGGCAGACAAAGUGAAAAAGGUUGCCAUCCAAAAAACUAAAGAAAAAAAACGAAAAAGAGAUAUUGAUAACAUGGAACCUAUCGUCAACGGCAAUAGUGCAAAAAGAAUUAAGAAAACUGUGGAAUUAAAAAUCCGUGAAAACGAAUCAUGCAAUUUAUUGAACGAUGCCAUUACCAUUUCUCAAACUGAAGAACCGUGCUGCAAAGUCAAAUGGAUUUCGAUUGGCAAAACUAUACUGCGUGCCGCGGACAAUAAGGAAUUACCAUUAGAAAAUUUUCGGGAAAAAAUCAUCGCUGAAUAUUUAAAUCGGGUGGGAAAUGCUGUUUUUGACAAAUCUUCUUGUUCGGAGACUCUGUGGUCGAAAUGCCAAAGCAAAUUAUCGAAAAACCCCAAGUUCCAGAUUGAUACGAAAAGAAUUAGGCUUGUUGUAUGAUGUUGUGUGGCCUAUGUGAAAUCAAAAUAUUGACAAAACCA